AUGAUUUCGUAUCAAAUAUUAUUAGCGUUAAUAUUCCCUUAUAUAGUUUUUGGUCUAAACCAAAAUACUUUGAAGCUUGGUAUUAAAUAUUUUAAAUACAGAGAUGUUAAGUUUGUAUGCUUGUUGACAUGUGAAAAAUACAGUUCUUGGGCACUUCAAUAUUCAAAAUCAGCAUCAACAUUAAACAUAGCCGCAUCAGAAACAUCAAUUCUCCGUUCUAAAGUUAACUACAAUAGAGUUGAAAAUUGCUUGCGUCGCAAAACGUAUGGUCUUGGAGUCAUUAUUGAUACUAAUUGUGACAUGGCCGAAGAUGUUUUGUAUUUUGCUUCCCAAAACAUGUGGCUAGACUCACAUCAUAAAUGGCUCCUUAUAGACGAUGAUAAAGCUAAAAUUGAAGAAUAUAAUGAUACUGAAUCGGAUGUUCUUUUUGAAGAUCGUAAUACAACAGUGAUUGAUAUACUUAGUAACCUGAAUAUAAGUGUAGAUGCUGAUAUUGUGGUUGCUGAGAAAGGUAACAUCAGUUACAACCUCUACGAAGUUUACAACUAUGGAAAAAUACAGGGUGGUAAUUUGAUUGUAAACGAAAUUGGUGUCUGGAGUCAUGAAAACGGAUUUAAUUUGAAUAUUAAUCUAAAUGGAUACAAAUAUUAUCGACGGUGGGAUUUCCAGAAUAUAUCUAUGAGGAUGAUUUUGGUUGUUCAGAGAGCCUCAAAGAACUUCGAUCUGGAAUCGCUAACGGGUCCGGAACCAGUUCCUGGAGUGGCCAUGAUUACUCAAAUGCCUACAGAUAUAUUAUACAUAGUUGCCAAAAUACAUAAUAUCAGAUAUGUUUCCACGAUUACCGAUAGAUGGAUUGGAAGCUAUGAGAAGAACAGCUCAAAGGUAGUUUCCAACUCUUUAUACUUUCGAGAACAGGAUGUGUCACCGGUCAUACGUGGUCUGUCCACAGUCUACGAGAGAAUCGACGUGAUAAAUCCACCUCUAACAUCUAUCGAAACACGAUACUACUACAGAAUACCGACAAUGGGUCCCGGAAAGUUUGAGAACCAAUUUCUAAGACCACUCAGUACCACGGCAUGGUGGAGUGUCAUUGGGGUCUCCACACUAUGUGCAGGUCUCCUGUUACUGUCAGCAUUGUUAGAACAACGUCCAUCGUCUGUUCAGUAUGCCGUCUUUUCUGUGGUUGCUUCUUUAUGCCAGCAAUUCUUCCAAGAUAUCGAUGAUAGUGGUACAAAGAGAAUUUCUACAGCUCGUAAAGUAACAAUCCUGGUGACCGGUCUCUCGUGCGUGCUACUAUACAACUACUACACCAGUUCCGUGGUGAGCUGGCUGCUGAACGGACCUCCACCUUCCAUCAACUCCUUGAAAGAGCUCCUGGAAAGCCCACUGGAGCUCAUCUAUGAGGAUAUCGGAUAUACCAGGUCUUGGUUACAGUCCCCAUCAUACUACUUUAACAAAAGGAACGCGCCCAUUGAAGAUGAACUGCGUCAAAAGAAAGUGUUCAAUAAAAAGAAAAAUGCUCCUCUCCUAGAGCCUUUGGUUCAAGGGAUCAAAAUGGUGCAAAAAGGAGGUUACGCUUAUCACACAGAAGUGAACAGCGCCAACGCAUUGAUAUCACGAACGUUUUCGCAAAGCGAGUUAUGUGAGCUCGGGUCUUUGCAGUCGAUGGAGAAGACCUUGCUGCAUCCGUGUCUGCAGAAACAUAGCCCUUAUAAGGAGUUUAUGACUUGGAGUCUAAUGCGCUUAUCAGAGCAAGGCAUAGUCACCUGCAUACAGUUCCGCAGAUCAUCGUUUGAGGUCAAGUGCGAGGGCAGUUCUCCUCGAGCCCUGGCUUUGGGAGGAGCAGCACCAGCCUUCAUACUCCUCCUGGGAGGGUACAUGCUGGCUACAGUAAUCAUGCUGGUUGAGAGGUUGGUGUUCAAAAUGAAACAUAAAAAUCUAGUGAAGUAG